AUGAUGACUGAAAUGCGUGGUACGAAGCCCCGGGUCGUUUUCUUCGGGGGGCUGAAUGAGAAUUUACCAGAAUUCAAACAAUUUACGAAGACAUUUGACGUCGUAUUCUAUGAGCUGGUUUCUAGAGAGCAGUUUGUGUCUGAUCUGAAUACUAAACUACAAAAUGUCGUGGCAAUUUACGGUGCAUGGGCUCCAUUCGGCAAGAUUGGAAAUCUGGACAAAGAGCUGGUGGUCAAGCUGCCGUCGUCGUUGAAACUGAUUACUGUUUGUUCUGCAGGGUAUGGUGGAAUAGACCUGGAGGCCUUGCGUGUGAGGGGAAUCAAAUUUUGCAAUUCACCAACCUUUGGUGCUUCUGCAGUGGCAGAGACUGUUUUAUACCAUGUCUUGAAUGGGUUUCGAAAGUUCGGCUUGUUUGAAGCGACUCUUCGCCAGAAUCCGCAUACAAUUGAGGCUCGCUCACUACUGGGAAAUGUAAAAACUUUUGAUGCUGACCGUGGGGUGUUUGUCUUUGACCACAGCAAUAAGACAAAGUACUGUUUUGGACAUCAUGUGGGAACCAUUGAUGUCCAUUCGCCCGUGGGGAAAACUGCUACCGUCAUAGGUUUUGGAGCUAUCGGUAAAGAAGUGGGGGCGAGGCUCUCCAGUCUAGGUAUGAACAUCAUCUAUAUCAAACGAAACAGGCUUUCUCCAGAGGAGGAGGGUCAGCUGGGUUACAGAGUUCGCUACGCCGCCAGGAUUCAUGAUGUGGCAGCUGAAUCAGACUGUAUAGUUCUUUGUCUUCCUGCCACUCCGCAAUCGAUCAAUAUGAUCAAUAGAGAUGUCAUUCAAUUGAUGAAGAAAGGCGUGGUUCUGGUUAAUGUUGGUCGUGGGUCCCUCAUCAACGACAAAGAUAUGAUACAGGGAUUGAAAGACGGGAGGAUAGGAUUUGUGGGUCUGGACGUGUUCCCCGAAGAGCCGCUAGUUCACCAUUGUGAAAGACAAGAUAUGUCCUUGACUCCUCAUGUGGGAUCGGCAACAAGUGAGAAUUUUGAUCAGACAGCCAUUUUCUGUUUGAAAAACAUUACACAGUACUUCCUCCACGGUAAAAUAGAAAAUCUGCAAAACUAA